AUGAAAUUUUGCGUGCGUACAGGAGAAGAAGCAUUAGAUACGGACGUUCCAACGGAACUCGAAGGGCGACUCUUCACAACGCCGAUGCGAAAAUUCAUUUGGCUCAUAUUGCAACCAUUCUUUUACGCAUUCAGACCCCUUCUUAUUUAUAGAAAAGCACCGACAGAUUUGGAACUUCUCAACGCUAUUGUACAGGUCAGUUUUGUUGAAUAUGCUGCAGAAUUACCACUUUUCCAUCGAUUAUCUCAUUGA